GAAGACGGUAAUGGUAUGAUAAGAGCGCAAGCAUUGGGCAUUUUCCUUUGGUCCUUAAUCCAGUGGUGGAUCUAAGGAGACCAACUGUUUAAACUUUAAAUUCCACUUCGCAACGGUCAAUUUUUCAAUUCAAAAUACACACCCCAGGGCCCAGACUUUCCUAAUGAGAAGACCAUAAGAAUAUCACGAGCCAGAAACCCUCAGAAAGCUUGGCCAAAAUAUUGUACUGGGAGGGAUAGAGCUCAGUCUAAACUCAAAGCCCUAUAAAGUUUAAGAAGAAGAAGAACCCCUCAAUGGUAAUGGCAAUGGCGAUUUUUGAAGAACAAGGUUCUGCAAGAUUUCAAGAUCACUGUGAAGAAGACUACAAUGAAAAUGGUGAAUCAGACACUGAUACAUUUGAUUCCGAUGAUUCACAAGAAGAUCCAACCUUCGAUAUUAUUGAGGAGGCACGAUCUAGCUUAUCAAAUCUCUCAAUCAAAAAGGAAUCCAAGUCUCGCAUUUUUAAAAUAAUGGAUGAGGGGAUUGAGGGAGACCCAGAUGUUAAAGAAAUGAAUGUGCCAGAACUUGAUGAAAAAGACCAGAAAAGCUACGAGGUUAUUCAAAAAGUCAUUGAAGUUGGCCAGGUAGAGAAACUAAAAGUUGAUCAAUGCAAGGUUUAUUUGAGGAAACAUGGAUUGAGAUUGACAGGCAACAAAGAUAUCCUCAUCGAGCGCAUUAAGGAGCACCUUGAUAUUAUUAAUGGUGGUGGAGAGAAGAAGUAUCCAGCAUCUAGUUUUGUAUUGAACUGUAAAGGUGAUGCAUGCACAGGAGAUAUUGUUAUGUUUGAACAAAACGUUUAUGAAAUAAGUGCCAGUGGGCCUCCAUGUGGUACAAGGGUAGUAGCAGGCCGCAUUGUGAAAGAAAGCUAUGGUGCUGCAAAGCAACAACAUACAUUUACGAUUGAAGUACUAUGGAGCAAGGGGGAAAAACCACUCAGUCCUCUUCAUCCCCUUCUCAUUAAAGGUAGAAACCUUUACAAGUUGAAGACAAUGAGACAGAGAUGGGAGGAUGAAGGCAAUAGACAGAAAAUUUUGUUCGAGAAGCAUGCUAGAGGUUCUCUUGCUAGAUCAAACAGGGAAGCACGUAUUCAAGAGAAGGAAACAAGAAAGAUGUUAGGGGCAAAUAGGGUAUCAAGAAGGGAAGAUCAAAGAAGAAAACAAGAAGAGAAUACAAGACAUAUUUCUCAAACACUUCAUAUGAAUUCAUCGCAAUUGGGAAGUCAGCCUCACGAGAAGCAAAAGGACAUACAAAAGCUCCAUAAAGAACAAAGUUUUCAGCAGAAGGAAUGUGAUAAUUUCAUAAUCUGGAGAGAAAACAAUUCAGUCCUGUGCAAAAGGCCUACUAUCUUCCCAAUCUCAAAUGUACCAUCAGAAUGUCAGAGGCAGCCUUUGACAAGCAUGAACUAUAAUCCGUCAAGGAGUCUGUGCAUAAGGGAUAGUGAAGAACAAAGCAUCACCUUCAAUCCUUCAACGGGUCAAUAUGGAAGGUACACUCAUGACCAAAACUUAAACUUGAAUCCUUCAAAGUGUUCAUCUCAAUUGGGAUUUCAUGAUGAGAACAAUAGGAUUUAUGGCUCCUUAAGGAGUCCAAUUCAAAGGCAUGGUCAUGAUGAGAGCCUGAAAUUUAACCCUCCAAGUAAUCCAUUCCGAGGGCACGGCCAUGAAGAAAGUAAAAACUUAAACCCUUUGAAGAGAUCAAUAGAAGUGUGUGUUCCAGAAGAAAACAAGAAUUGCAAUCGUGCAAGUAGUCCAUUCCAUAGACAGGAUCAUGAACCAAGGCAACAACUGUGCCGACACUAUGCACAGGGAAGAUGCUACUAUGGAGAUCAAUGCAAGUUUCAGCAUGGCCACGAUGAAAGCAAGAAAUUUAAUCCUCCACGUAGUCCUUUGAAGAGUUCAGUACAAGUCCGAGUUUCAGAAGAAAGCAUGAAUUGUGAUCGUGCAAGGAGUUCGUUCCAUAACCAGGGCCAUGAAGAAGGGCAAAAGUUGUGCCGAUACUAUGCCCAAGGAAGGUGUUACUAUGCAGAAAAUUGCAAGUAUCGGCAUGACAGGAUCACCAACUAUGGUUAAAUGAAGGAAGACAUGUUGUGACCCAUCAUCUUAUUUACAUUUCAUUACUGAAAAUUUUUUUGAACUAGACAACUAAAUUGGGAGUAUUUUAAGGGAAAAUGACCCAGGAUCAACUCUCACUAUCUCUGUUAUCCUUAUUAAUUACGUAUUUCAUUAUGUAUGCAUGGUG